AUGGUCAGGAUACAUUCCCUGGCCCCGCCUCCAUGGCCAAUACUGUCGCUCCCCACCCAGCCCGCAGCCAGUACGGCAGCAUGCAGCGGAGGUUCCGCCCACACAGGGGUCAAAAUCAAGCAGGAGGCGGAGUCUAUGGAGAUGUAUCACCCAGUGCCCCAGCCCUCGGCGAACUCAGGCCUCAUCACCCAGCCCCGCCAGGCCGGGUCCCCCCACGGGACCCCCUCCUCAGGGGACCUGGUUCCUGGUGCCUCCCCCAGGAAGAAGCCCCGCAAACAGCAGCACGUCAUUUCCACAGAAGAGACCGAAAUGUUGGAGACCAACAGUACAGAUGAGGACAGGGUUAUGGGCCACAGGCCCCUGGGCAGCAGGGCUAAGAGGAGAGAGUCCCCUCCCAGAGAGUAUGUGGGUGGGUGAAUACCACUAAACCAUGCACAGUUGUACUCACCACGGUGGGGUCAAUUCCAUUUCAGUUCAGUCAA